AUGUCCAUGAGCGUAUCCCUGGGCAUUUCCCUUGGAAAUGGAGGUUUUGCCGGAAACGAGUUUUUUCUUUUCAUUUCAACAGCCAUGCUUCCGAAGUUAAUGAGACUCUAUAGUCACCAAUUCUACGUGGGCUGUUGGUACUUCUGCGACCACGGCUUCAAGCAGAAACAUGGACACGUUAAGCCCCCGUAUGCCAGACAGACUCUCGCCCGGUUGUGA